AUGGAACGCACCUAUCUUCUACCCUGUCGGUCUCCUUCAGCCUCUCUGAGCAUCAGUCCCGACAGAUCUCAGUUCCUUGAAUAUAUGUCUUUCUCUCUGAGCUGUGAGGUUCAGGUGAGUUCUACUGGAUGGAGACUGAAGAGAUACACAGCGACUGUGAAACCGUCAGAGUCUGGAGUCGACUGGGGGUUCAAUCAAUCCAACUACGUCGUCAAGACAGCCAAAACAUCAGACAGUGGAGUGUACUGGUGUGAGUCUGGGUCUGGAGAACACAGCAAUGCUGUCAACAUCACAGUACAUGGUGGUGCUGUGAUCUUGGAGAGCCCCGCCCUUCCUGUAACUGAAGGAGAUUCUGUGACUCUGCGCUGCAGACAUGAAGACAAGAAAACGAAGGACACGUCCUCAAACUUCACAGCUGAUUUCUACAAAGAUGGAUCCCUCAUCAGGACUGAGACGACAGGACAGAUGACCAUCCCUGUGGUAUCCAAGUCAGAUGAAGGGCUCUACAAGUGUAACAACUCUGAAGGAGAAUCACCAGCGAGCUGGAUGACUGUGACAGGUUGGUCUUUAGCCUCGCUGAGUAUCAGUCCCGACAGAUCUCAGUUCCUUGAAUAUAAGUCUGUCUCUCUGAGCUGUGAGGUUCAGGUGAGUUCUGCUGGAUGGAGACUGAAGAGGUACACAGUGACUGGAGUCGACUGGGGGUUCAAUCACGGUUCCAAAUACAUAAUCAAGACAGCCAAAACAUCAGACAGUGGAGUGUACUGGUGUGAGUCUCGGUCUGGACAACGCAGCAAUGCUGUCAACAUCACAGUACACGGUGGUGCUGUGAUCCUGGAGAGCCCCGCCCUUCCUGUAACUGAAGGAGAUUCUGUGACUCUGCGCUGCAGACAUGAAGACAAGAAAACGAAGGACACGUCCUCAAACUUCACAGCUGAUUUCUACAAAGAUGGAUGCCUCAUCAGGACUGAGACGACAGGACAGAUGACCAUCCCUGCAGUAUCCAAGUCAGAUGAAGGGCUCUACAAGUGUAACAACUCUGAAGGAGAAUCACCAGCGAGCUGGAUGACUGUGACAGGCCCAUGGCCUGUGUGGUCCGAGUCUCUGCCCAGGCUGCUGUGUAAUCUACUGGUGGUGUCUCCCUACCUGCUGGUGACCAUCGUACUGCUGGUGAAAUGCCGUAGGCGCCGGGCUCAAGGUGAGGACCCUCAACCAUGA